AUGCCAGAAUCAGGAUGGGGAAUCCGACACGAAAAACGACAUUUUCCACCAGACCAAAUCUACGAAGAAGCCGUCGAACUGGGUCUGUCAAGAGAAAAGCUCUACCGCAAGAUCGUACUCUGGAAGUCCGGAAUAUUACGCGGACAGUACUGCGUGCAUGACUACAUGUUACAAACAGGGCCAGGCGUAAUUUUUGCCAUGGAUAGCUUUCGGCCUGACUCGGCAUAUUGGGCGCAAAUCGCCCAGGCCGUUUACAAAGAUGAGCACCCUAUCGAGGACCUGAAGUACGUCUUCCAGUGUAGUAUCAUUAACCCCGAGACUAUGUUGUUUGUACAGAAGAGCCUCUAUGUUGCGGAUAAUGGCCUUGGUUGGCCAGAUGAUAGACUGCGUGUGUGGGAGGAAGGUUGCGCUGAGUAUCAGGCUCUGCUAGGUACGAGACUUGCUAAAGGUGUGGUUCAUUUGGUUCUAGGUGCUUUUCCGCGAGGAACGAGACGCAUUGCGAGGAUCGUGACUUGGGGUGGUCGUUAUAUUCCCUACAUUCAGAUGCGGUUUGAUAUUGAGAAGGUUUGA